ACGAGUGAACACAAAUCUGAUGAAUUGUUUUCACUAGUUAAAGAAUAUUCUAAUCACAGUUCAAAUAUUUCAAUUACUAAAAAUUUAACCACAAAUAACAGUGAACGUGAAGCGGACGCGAUAACUAAUUCUUUAAAUGCGAACAAGCCCUCGCCAGUUAUACAGCCUAUCUCAAACAUGACGAAAGAUGAGAAAUUUAAUGAAAUGUCUGCACAAGGUGAUGAUCAGCGGACAAGCGUACCAUGUAUUGUAAAAGAUUCUGAUAUUUGUUUAGUGACAAGUGAAUUAUUUAGUCAAUCUCUAUCAGUUUUAGAAGGUUUCAAUGUACCUUUGGAAAGAAAUUGUAAUAAUUAUAGAAAAAUAACUGAUUCGUCUGCAACAUUUCUUAUCGAUCCGCUGAAAUCAGAUAUUAAAUGUCAAAACAAUAUGUAUGCGUACUGCGCAGAUUACGUAACAAGCAAACCUUUAUGUGAUAACGAUAUUUCAGUUGAUCACUUAUCAUCUACCUCUAAAAUAGUAUCUUCAAUAGACAUUCCAUGUCAGCACAGGCAAGACAAUAGUGAAUCGAAUUUAUCAUAUGAUAUCGCUGAAGCCUAUUCAACAGUAACCUGUCAACUGGUGGUUGAUGAGGAAAAGAAAAACGCUUCAGUGGCAGUAGUAGUAGUCGGAACUGAAGGGGGAGAAGAAAAAGAAGAAGAGAAGUCUGGAGGAAGAGAGGAAGGAGACUUUUUCCAGAUAAAUAACCCUCUAAUAGUGGAUAGAACAAACCAGCUAGCUGAGAUGAAUUCAAUCAAAACGUACACAAAUGAUACAAUAGCUUCUGUUCGAAAUAAAUUAUCAGAUGAAAGAAAUGCAAGGAAUAUUUAUCAAUACGCAUCCAGUGAAAUUAAUCGCGUUUUAGUGAAUAUCAUUGAGAGAGUAAAACAGAAUGGUGAUUCAUUGACACCUGAAUGUAUAGAUGUG